AUGGCGACGGCGGUGGUGACCUCGACGGCCAUGACAACCUCAACCAUUCUUCACCAUGCUUCACAGACUGUUGCACCAACGCAGCCGACAAGCCCGCCCAUUGUCCAAAUUGUUGAAUACCUGUCGUCAUCGUCUUUGGUCGUCAUAUCAUUCAUUGGACGAAGCCUCACAGCGCUCCUUCGCAACGUCGUUGCGCCCUUCUCCGCAAUUUUGGUGUCGAUUUAUACCCCUCUCUCAUUCAUCCUCGCACCUCUAUUUCUGUUUUUGAGGAUUGCGCUCAACGCGCUCAUCUUGACUCCAUGGUCCAUACUCGGCAAUGUCCUCGUAUACCUAUAUCCAUUAUACCUCUUCGUUGGCACAUCCUGCAUAGCUGCAGGUCUCGUGGGCCUUGCAGCGCGUCUCGUCGCCAACUUCAUCAAAUCUGUCAUGGUCUCUCCCGAGCCUCCCUCGCAGGCGGUACCGAAUCCACGCAAGCACGUGUCAAUCAAGGAGGAAUUCUGA